AUGCGUUCCGCACUUGCGAUUGUCAGCUUCGCCGCUUCCCUGGCGAGUGCACUCACACUGCCUCGCGACAACAGCAAGAGUGCUGUCGCUCUCAAGGACGAAGGAGAUGUCCAUACCGAAGCGAUCACUCAUGUCUACCUCUGCCAGGGACCUGGAUACGGAGCUCCAUGCUCUCUUGAGUCCCUUUACACUGGUUACUGCUACUACUUCAUCAAUGGCUAUGAUAAUACUAUCUCGUCUGCUCAACCUGAUCCCGGCACCACUUGCGCCAUUUUCGAUGACGCGGCCUGUGGAGGUACCUAUCUCUCGUUCACCUACCCCGGCAUUUCAGACCUGAGCGCCUAUGGUUGGAACGACCGCGCAAGCUCGAUUGCCUGCUUCUAGUCAAUAGGUGAAGUUGGCGCAGUAUUUUGGGGGUCCCUAUGCUGUAGGCUUAAGUUGGGCAGCGAUGUUCUUGUUGCCCCUAUUAUGGAAGCAUGGAGGUUCAUUGGUUGGAGCUUCUCUACGCUCUUUUAAAUACAGCGCGCUGAAAAUAUUCAUAUUUAGUUAUUUCCUUUAUCAACUCAUGAAAAAGAACACAGUUUAACGUGUAUUUCCC